CCUUCUUUAUCUACUUGCAAUUCUUUUGGCACUUGCUGAACCAUGACCAUCAUCAAUUCCAGACUACCCGAUAUUGACAUCCCGGCGACAGACCUGCCGACGUUUUUCUUUGGCCGUCUGGGCGCCAAUGCCGAUUUUGCACGCGAAAACGAGCCACGACCUCUCCUCGUCGAUGGUGAUGUUGACGAUGGCGAUUCGCUGACACUGGCCGAGCUCGAGUCGCUGACCACACGGCUGGCAUCCGGGCUCUACCACACGGUGGGCGUCCGGCCCGGCGAUGUCGUGGCCAUCAUCUCGCCUAACACUAUUUACUACCCGGCCGCUGUACUUGCCACAUUAAUGGUUGGAGCAACAUGCACCCUGGUCAACCCGGCGUAUACGGCACGCGAGGUGGCAUACCAGCUGGUGGAUUCAAGCGCCUCAGCUGUUGUUGCAGCAGCUGAUUUUCUGCCUAUUGUACAAGCAGCGCUUGACGACGACGUCCAGGGCAAUCUCUCGCGCAUUUCGCUGACAAAUAAUGUGCUGGUCAUCGGCAAAACGCCGGUGGUUGUUGGAAGCACCAGUGUGCCGUCGGUCUUUGACGUACUGAGUGACAGCGAGUACCCUCGUGUUCUGCUAACCACCGAGCAAGAGGCCAAGGGCACCACCGCCCUGCUGUGCUACUCUAGCGGCACCACCGGCCUGCCCAAGGGUGUCAUGCUAAGCCACCGCAAUGUUGUUGCCAACAUCCUGCAGUGCUUUGGUCUGCUCACCGACGACUUCACCAAGGAGCGCCCCCAAACUACCCUGGCAUCCGCUGGCAUAGCCGUGGUUGUAAUAGCAAAGUUUGAAAUGGCGCGCUAUCUGACCCUGAUUGCCAGACACAAGGUGACGCAGUCGCCAGUGGUGCCGCCGAUUGUCAAUGGGCUGGUCAAAUUGCCGAUUGUGCGCGACUAUGACCUGUCCAGCCUUCAGCUGCUACUUAGUGGCGCUGCACCGCUGAGCGCUGCCAUGGCCCUGGAGCUCAAGAAGUGUAUCCCCAAUGCCUGCGUGGUCCAAGGAUACGGUGCAACUGAGGCGUGCCCAGCGCUGUCACUCGGGUGGCCAACCAGCAUGAACAUCAGGUCCACAGGCAACCUGUUAGCCAGCGUCCAGGCAAAGGUCAUCGACGACGAUGGAAACAUGCUGGGAGUAGGCGAGACCGGCGAGCUGUGCUUCCGCGGACCCAACAUCAUGAUAGGAUACCUCAACAACGAGCAGGCUACCGCCGACACUAUUGACACCGACGGCUUCCUGCACACUGGCGACAUUGGGUACAUCGAUGAGGACAGGUUCGUGUAUGUGACCGACCGCAAAAAGGAGCUGAUAAAAUUCAAUGGCUUCCAGAUUGCGCCGGCCGAGCUCGAGGGCCUUUUGCACCAGCACCCGAGUGUCCGCGACGUAGCAGUGGUGGGCGUCUAUGAUGAGGAGCGCAAUACCGAGGUGCCCAGGGCGUUUCUGGUGCUCAACAUCGACGACAAGCUGCAGACACCCGACCAGGUUGCUGGUGAGGUCGUCGAGUGGCUCGAUGGCAGGGUUGCAUACUACAAGAAGCUGCGUGGUGGGUACCGCCUUGUGGAUGCGAUCCCCAAGAGCGCGUCAGGCAAAAUUCUGCGCCGCAUGCUGAAGUGAAACACACCACCAUAGCAAAAGCUGACCGUUUUUAAAAUAAUAUUCCAUCGACGAUC